GAAGGGACGCAGGAGAGAGCGGGGGGAUGACUGCAUCAAAGGAAAACAAAAAUAAAAAAUAUGACUCCUGUAAUUAACAGCACGCUUUCCGCCCAUCAUUAUGAUUCCUCUGUUUACCAACACAGUGCGUCGCAAUAAAUGACCAGCCGCCCCGUGUACUCUGGCUUGAGAGGGAUGUCGUCUCCAGGCAUGGGCACCCCCAGUGACCCCCUCUUGGCCAGUCCAGGAGGGAGGUCAUCCACAGCUCAAGAGGGUAUUUGGAGGAGCUCUCUACCCAAAACUGCCAGCUUCCCAACAUCCACCACACGGCAUCUCAGUCACAGAGCUAACAACUUCCAAAGACAGCCAAAGCGUAGGAAGCUGAUACGACCUUCACCCCCUCCCCCACCCAACACACCCUGCCCCCUUGACCAGCUGGACCUCAGUGAGCUUCCCCCGAGACGUACCUUCCAAGAGCUGCUCUUCAACGGCUGCAUCCUGUUUGGUAUUGAAUUUAGCUAUGCCAUGGAAACGGCUUAUGUGACUCCUGUGCUCUUACAGAUGGGGCUGCCUGAUCAAUUCUACAGCUUGGUGUGGUUUAUUAGUCCCAUUCUCGGAUUCCUCGUUCAGCCUCUCAUAGGAGCAUGGAGUGAUCGUUGUACAUCCCGGUUUGGGCGAAGGAGACCUUUUAUUUUUGCUUUAGCUGUAGGAGCUUUGGUUGGUCUCACCCUGGUGCUAAAUGGACGGGACAUUGGGGGUGCCUUGGCUGACACAGCAUCAAAUCACAAGUGGGGAAUUGUCCUGACAGUGUGUGGUGUGGUUCUGAUGGACUUCAGUGCCGACUCAGCCGACAACCCAAGCCACGCUUACAUGAUGGAUGUUUGCAGCCCAGAGGACCAGGACCGGGGUCUGAACAUUCAUGCAUUACUAGCAGGACUAGGAGGAGGAUUUGGUUAUAUUGUAGGUGGCAUCAACUGGGACCAGACACAGUUUGGAAGGUCAAUGGGGGGUCAGCUGCGGGUCAUAUACUUGUUUACGAGUAUCACUUUGGUGAUCGCAACAGCCUUGACUCUGAUGAGUAUCCCUGAGAGGCCCUUACCAAAGAGCCAAACAAACAAAGCCUCCAGUAAAAACCAUCUGAAAAGCCCCAGUCUCCCUCUUCCUCCCUCUCCUCCUAUCCCCCCUGGUGCGGCUCUAGGACUGGAUGAGGAAGACGAAGAAGGCCUUUACAGCUACAAUUUUUCAAAGUCCCACCCAGGUAAUCCUGACCUUUUGGCCCAUUCUUGCAGUGCUAAUGCACGUCUAUGUGCUGGCCUCACUAGCCCCAUAUCGCCCCUAAGCCCCCUCACUCCAAAAUAUGGCAGCUUUAUAAGCAGGGACAGCUCGCUCACUGGCAUCAAUGAGUUUGCGUCCUCAUUAGGAACCUCCUACAUAGACAGUGUGCUCAUAGACUGCUACACAGGUCCGCAGACUCCACAGGCCCUGGCCCCAAGUGCCACCAGCAUACCCCUGCCUCCAGGGGAUUCACCUCCUCCUGACAAGUCCACACAGGCAGCAAGGAACCAUCCUGAAGGACAGACCCAGGCUGAUGUGGGGUCUCAUCCAGCUGGGAAUGCUCAGGAUGCAGAAGGGUCUGAGCUUGAAGGAGAUGCACAAUCUCAAGGGGUACCUCAGGUAACAGCUGGGGCUCAGCCUGGUGCAGGGUUGCAUCGAGGCUCUAAUGCUGGCAUCCUGAAACGACCUCAGAGUCUUGCACUGAUGGAGGAGCCCAUGGCAACCCAGAUUAUUGGGCUGGAGAAUGGACGCAGGAGAACUGUGACUUUUAGCCAGCAGGUUGCAAACAUUUUGCUGAAUGGAGUGCGCUAUGAGAGCGAUCUAAGUGAGAAUGUGGAGACAGCAGAAUCCCAAAUGUCAAUGAAGCUGCUGUGUAUAGCCAUCUACAGGAUGCCUCCUUCUCUGCGGAGUUUAUGCACUAAUCAUUUUUUAGGCUGGUUGUCAUUUGAAGGCAUGCUUCUCUUUUAUACUGACUUCAUGGGAGAGGUUGUAUUUGAAGGAGACCCCAAAGCACCCCAUGACUCUGAGGCAUACCAACGCUACAAUGCUGGGGUCAGCAUGGGCUGCUGGGGCAUGUGCAUCUAUGCAUUCAGUGCUGCUUUCUACUCAGCCAUAUUGGAGAAACUAGAGGAGCGUUUCUCUCUUCGCACUCUAUAUUUUUUUGCCUACUUGGCAUUUGGUUUGGGCACAGGCCUCGCAACAUUAUCCACCAACCUCUACGUGGUACUUUCUCUCUGUGUCACCUACGGGGUGCUCUUCUCCUCAUUAUGUACACUGCCUUACUCUCUGCUGUGUGAAUACUACCAGUGCCCUCAGUUUUGUGGGUCGUCAGAGGAGGGGACCAGACGAGGGAUGGGGGUGGACAUCUCUCUGCUCAGCUGCCAGUACUUCCUGGCUCAGAUCCUGGUCUCUGUGGCGAUGGGUCCUCUGACCUCACUGGUGGGUGGGGCUCAGGGAGUGAUGUAUUUUGCAAGCCUGAUGUCAUUCGUGGGCUGCCUGUACUCCUCUCUCUGCGUGGUGUACCAGCUGCCCCCCCCUGAGGGUGAGCCCCCCGAAAGCGAGACCCAGCCACUAUUGGUGCACAUCUAGCAAAGCCUCUUCAUUCACUUUUACCUCACACAAUGCUCACACUGAAGGGCACAUGGUCCUACGCUGUCGCUUAGUGUCUGGGCGUGUUGAGCUUCAUAUAGGUGACAGACACACUGCACAUCUUGCCACACACUGUACAGCACAGUUUCAUGUUCUUUUACACUAAUCCGCACUGCUCUUCUCAGAGCUAGACAGACAGACAGACAUUGGCCACCACUCUAAGACGUGUAUACAUGACCAGUGUGUUCAUACAGUGUGUGUGCCCAUGCAUUUCUUCUAACUUUUGCAAACGAAUGUGUGGCCUUUUUGAAUGCACAAGUGUGUGUGACUGAGAGACUGAGUGUAGAUGGGCCUAAGCUUUUCCUGUGUCUGAUUCUUUGCUGUCAAAUUUUACAUCAUUUUUUCUUGCAUCUUUGUUGGUGUUUAGGAUAGCAAUGUUGAUCACUACAUGCAAGUUAACCACAGCUUUCCCCCUCUUUUCCUUCCUUUUAUCAGUUGCCUAACGUCUGCAUGAGCUGCGGUGUAAUCUUUCAAAGCCACAUGGUAGUGUUUUUGUUUUGGUCAUAUGGCUAAAGGAAUGUCUACCUGCCUGUUUCUCUGAGUUAGCACCUAGCAUCACACCUGCAGCAAGAUUUUCCGACUAAAUGAAUGUGCUGCCGGUGACCGCUUACACUUUCUCUUUUAAUCAUUCAAGAGCUCUUUCUGCCUAAUUUAGCAAACUAAUAUUCUCCUUGUUCAUAGUAUAGAAGGGCUUCACAUUGUCCACAUUUUAACAGCAAACACAACACUUUCAAUUAAAUCUAGUCCAUAUGAAACUUAAUGUGAAAUCUUGAAAGUAAUAUUUUGGAGCUGGGCACUCUUAACAAAGUCCCACAAUUAAGAGUACAAUGACAGUGUAAUCAUCAUAGAGCGAUGGCUAACAAUGUGACAAACACUUUAACACAUACUUACACAAUCAUGCAGAAAUGUGUACUGGUGGCAAUUUCUAUCUGGGCCCUCACUAAGCCACGUGCAGCCCUGUGAGCUGUCACCCGACUCCCAGCCAUUCCAUUGUAAUAAUGACAGUGAUUCUUGUCAUUGUCAGGAAGAGGAGAAGUUGAAACUGGGGUGUGAAUCAGCAUACAGUCGGAAACCGAUCAAAACAGAAGAGCUGCAAUCAGAAGACUCAUGUGAACUG